AUGCCAGAGAGAGUGUGUUGGUUCCAGGGGCAGAGUUACCACAAGCUGAAGAGGGCAUGUCUGCAGCGGGGCAAGCUCUUCAAGGAUCCCCUCUUUCCCCCAUCCGCACUGUCACUCUUCUACAAACGAGCCCCACCCCCUGGACUCACAUGGAAGAGACCACGGGAACUGUGUAAGGACCCUCGUCUCUUUGUGGACAGGAUCAGCACAUGGGACCUGCACCAAGGCAGCUUAGGUAACUGCUGGAUGGUGGCGGCCACUUCCUGUCUGGCCUCGGAGCCAUCGCUGUGGAAGAAGGUGAUUCCUGACCACGUGGAACAGGAGUGGAAGCCCAAGCGUCCGGACCUGUACGCCGGAAUCUUCCACUUCCGCUUCUGGCGGCUUGGCCGCUGGACAGACGUGGUGGUGGACGACCUUCUGCCGGUCAGCGAGGACGGAACGCUGCUCUUCUGCCGCUCAGCCACGCCACGGGAGUUCUGGAGCACCCUGCUGGAGAAGGCCUACGCCAAGUUGAAUGGCUGCUAUGAGGCACUAGAAGGCGGUAACACGGCGGAGGCCCUCAUAGACUUCACAGGGGGGGUGUCGGAGCCCCUAUGCCUGGACAGGGAGGCCCUCACCCUGCACCCCGACCAGAGGAGGACGCUGUUCCAGACCCUGGCCAAGGCCCACGGAUGCAAAGCCCUCAUCACCUGCUCCAUACGGCCAGCGGAGGGAGAGAGAGUAGAGUCGGUGCUAGACUGUGGUCUGGUGCGGGGCCAUGCCUACGGUAUCACCGCGGUGAGGAAGGUGCGUCUGGGGGAGCGGUCACUGCUGCCUGGCCGUUGUAGCGGGACGUCCCGUCUCGGCAUGGUGCGCAUGAGGAACCCCUGGGGUACAGCCGACUUUACCGGGCCCUGGAGUCAGGGGUCUCAGCAGUGGCAGCAGGUUGGUCGUGGUGAGAGGGAGAAGAUGGGCCUCAUUGUCAGAGAUGUGGGAGAGUUCUGGAUGGAGUUUGAGGAUUUCUGCCGCUACUUCACAGAUGUGGUGGUGUGUCGUCUGGUAGAACGAGCCCUGCUGUGGCCCAACACCCACUGGAGAGAGGUUCGCUGCCAUGGGGAGUGGGUCCCAGCCCCCAACACUACCGGGGAAACCCCCGCCACCCUCCUCCCCGUCCGCCAGGCAUCCAACCUCAGGAAGAACACAGCCAAGCCUGGGGAGGUGAACCAGACUCAGAGAGGGGACCGGAAGGAGGCAAGAUUGGGGAAGAGACGGAGAGGUGGAGGAGGAGAAGUAGGAAGCGGUGGAGGGAGAGACAAGGUGGCUGUGGCGAAGAAGGGGGGGGAGAAGAAGACAAAGAGGAAGGAGGAGAGCGUGAAGAAGGGGGGAGAGGUGGAUGGACGGUGGGAUAAACACAUGGAUAAGAGGAGUAGGUGUGGAGGAUGCAUCAACCACAAAGACACCUUUCUACACAACCCCCAGUUCAUGUUUGAGGUGCAGGGAAAGGAGGAUGAGGUGUUGAUCUGUCUGCAGCAGGAGGACAGGAGGAUAAAGAGGAAGGAUGGAGGAGGAGCGAAUCUGCCCAUCGGCUUUGAGGUGCUGAGGGUGGAGGUGAACCGUCUAAGCCGUGUGCAGCGUGUGGUGGAGCAGGCUGCAAGCUCUGUGUACAUGGACUCCCGUAGCGUUGCCCUGCGAGUGACCCUGGUCCCCGGCCGCUACGCCCUCCUCCCCACCACCUUUCAACCUAGGGCCACCGGACGCUUUCUGCUACGCCUCUUCUCACAUUCACACCUCAGACUCAGUGAGUUGAGACAGGAGUUGCCUGCUCUCUCAGUGUGGCAGUGCUGUCUCCCCCAGUCCAGUAUAGUGACCACCGUCCACCUGCGCCGAGCCUGCGGACUCAGCCAGCCCAAACAGAAACCACCAGAUGUGUAUGCUGUGAUCUGUUGUGAGGACGACACCAUAAGAACACGAGUGUUCAAGGAGGAUGGAAAUCCAGAGUUCAACAUGAGGGCCAUUUUCUAUAGGAGAUACCCAGACGCACACAUCAGCAUUAAGUUGUGGAGCCGUGGUCUACUUUGGGACACUCUAUUAGGAGGGGCUCGACUCCAGACCGGCGACAGUGAGCGAGGGCGGAGCCAGGGGAUUGACCUACAGGGCGGCCAAUCACAUUCAGGAUACCGGGGAUGCAUCUACGUGGAAACCUCAUCCAGCAAAUGCCUGACAGACUUGUGA